CCCUCAGCGGCCGCCUCAGCCGCCGCUUUCCCGCCCUCCGGCCGCGGCCCCGGCCCGAGACCCCCGGGACCCCCUCAGCCCCCCGGGACCCUCCCGGCACCCCCCGGCCCCGCCAUGGGCUUCCUCAAGCUCAUCGAGAUCGAGAACUUCAAGUCGUACAAGGGCCGCCAGAUCAUCGGGCCCUUCCGCCGCUUCACCGCCAUCAUCGGCCCCAAUGGCUCCGGUGAGUCCCGGGGGGCUCUCGGGGGUUUGGGGGAUCCCCCUGACCCCCCAAAAUCCCCCGUGCCAGGCAGCUCCUCCGAGUACAAGAUCAACAACCGCGUGGUGCAGCUGAGCGAGUACAGCGAGGAGCUGGAGAAGUUGGGCAUCCUCAUCAAGGCCAGGAACUUCCUCGUCUUCCAGGUGGGGAGAGUAUCCAUCGCCAUGAAGAACCCCAAGGAGCGCACGGCCCUCUUUGAGGAGAUCAGCCGCUCGGGCGAGCUCGCCCCCGAGUACGACAAGCGCAAGAAGGAGAUGGUCAAGGCCGAGGAGGACACGCAGUUCAACUACCACCGCAAGAAGAACAUCGCUGCCGAGCGCAAGGAGGCCAAGCAGGAGAAGGAGGAGGCUGACCGGUACCAGCGGCUCAAGGACGAGGUGGUUCGGGCCCAGGUGCAGCUGCAGCUCUUCAAACUGUUCCACAACGAGGCCGAGAUCGAGAAGCUCAACAAGGAGCUGGGGCUGAAGAACCGCGAGAUCGACAAGGACAAGAAGAGGAUGGACAGGGUGGAGGACGAGCUCAAGGACCGCAAGAAGGAGCUGGGCAAAAUGAUGAGGGAGCAGCAGCAGAUCGAGAAGGAGAUCAAGGAGAAGGACUCGGAGCUGAACCAGAAGCGCCCGCAGUACAUCAAGGCCAAGGAGAACACCUCGCACAAGAUCAAGAAGCUGGAGGCGGCGCGCAAGUCGCUGCAGAACGCCCAGAAGCAGUACAAGAAACGCAAGGCCGACAUGGACGAGCUGGAGAAGGAGAUGCUGUCCGUGGAGAAAUCCCGGCAGGAGUUCGAGGAGCGCAUGGAGGAGGAGAGCCAGAGCCAGGGCAGGGACCUGACCCUGGAGGAGAACCAGGUGAAGAAGUACCACCGGCUGAAGGAGGAGGCCAGCAAGCGCGCGGCCACGCUGGCGCAGGAGCUGGAGAAGUUCAACCGCGACCAGAAGGCCGACCAGGACCGCCUGGACCUGGAGGAGAGGAAGAAGGUGGAGACCGAGACAAUCCCUGGAGGAGCAGAAAUGUCCAGGGGGCAGUCCCUGGAGGAGCAGAAGCGCCUGGAGGGCGAGCUGACCGAGGAGGUGGAGCUGGCCAAGCGGCGCAUCGACGAGAUCAACAAGGAGCUGAACCAGGUGAUGGAGCAGCUCGGGGACGCGCGCAUCGACCGCCAGGAGAGCAGCCGGCAGCAGCGCAAGGCCGAGAUCAUGGACAGCAUCAAGCGCCUCUACCCCGGCUCCGUGUAUGGCCGGCUCAUCGACCUGUGCCAGCCCACGCAGAAGAAGUACCAGAUCGCCGUGACCAAGGUGCUGGGCAAGAACAUGGACGCCAUCAUCGUGGACUCGGAGAAGACGGGCAGGGAUUGCAUCCAGUACAUCAAGGAGCAGCGCGGCGAGCCCGAGACCUUCCUGCCCCUCGACUACCUCGAGGUGAAGCCCACGGACGAGAAGCUGCGGGAGCUGCGGGGGGCCAAGCUGGUGAUCGACGUGAUCCGCUACGAGCCGCCGCACAUCAAGAAGGCGCUGCAGUUCGCCUGCGGCAACGCGCUCGUCUGCGACAACGUGGAGGACGCGCGCAGGAUCGCCUUCGGCGGCCACCAGCGCCACAAGACGGUGGCCCUGGACGGGACGCUGUUCCAGAAGCCCAGGGGUGUCCCCA